UUAUUAGUUUCACUUUAGUUAAAUAACACCAUAUAGCUAUCUGAGCAGAAGAACAGAAGCUUUUAUGGAUAUGAAUCUGCAUUUGUGAGGGGGAAAGUGGUGAAAAUGAGGCUUCUCUUUACUUGGCUCGCCGUGACCUUGUUUUUUCUCGUCAAUGGUGUUUCUGGUGUUGAUACAGACGGAGUGCCAGUGUUUUUGAAGGAGGGAGAUUCAGUCACUCUACACACUGAUGUUAAAACAAACCAACAAGAAAAGAUUAAAUGGUAUUUUAAUGACUUUCGAAUCGCUGAAAUCACUGGAGAUCAGAGUAAGAUCUGUACAGAUGUUCAGUGUAAAGAGAGAUUCAGAGACAGACUGAAGCUGGAUCCGACUGGAUCUCUGAUCAUCACAAACAUCACAAACACAGAUUCUGGAAAUUAUACGCAACAGAUCAUCAACAGCAAAGACAGAACAAAGAUCUUCAGUGUUUCUGUUUAUGGUGUUUCCGCUGCUGAACGAGAUGAGUCAGUGAAAGAAGAAGAAUCUUUUACUUUAGAUCCUGGUGAAACAAAAAACUCAAAUGAUGUGAUGACGUGGUAUUUUAAUGACACUCGUAUCGCUGAAAUCACUGGAGAUCAGAGUGAGAUCUGUACAGAUGAUCAGUGUGAAGAGAGAUUCAGAGACAGACUGAAGCUGGAUCAUCAGACUGGAUCUCUGACCAUCACAAACACCACAACCACAGACUCUGGAUUUUAUAAACUACAGAUCAGCAGCUUCAGCAUCACCAGAGUGAAGAGAUUCAGUGUUUCUGUUAUUUCUGUUUCAGACUCAGGUCUGUCUUCAGCUGCUGUAGCAGGAAUAGUUGUUGUUGUUGUUGUUCUGCUGGUGGCUGCUGCUGCUGUAGCUGCUGGUGUGGUUUACUGUCGCCGCAGGAGCCAUACAGCAGUACCACAGAAUGAGAAUGAUGUUAAUAACCCUGCACAUAAUCAGCCUAAUGCACCUCCAAAUCAGAUUCCUUUACUUGAACGGAAUCGGAAUGAGGCUGGCGAGGCUGAUGAGGCUCAUGAGGAUGACGAGGCUGAUGAGGCUCGUGAGGAUGACGAGGCGGGCGAGGCUGAUGAGGCUCGUGAGGAUGACGAGGCUGAUGAGGCUCAUGAGGAUGACGAGGCUGAUGAGGCUCAUGAGGAUGACGAGGCUGAUGAGGCUCGUGAGGCGGACGAGGCUGGCGAGGCUGAUGAGGCUCGUCAGCUUCGCCAGCCUCAGUAAGAAACCCUAAGAAGACAGUGGAAAACAUUGUUUUUAUAUAUGAAAUAUGUAAACUACAAAUCAAAAAGUCAAGUAAUUCCAGAUACCUCAUUAUCUGAAUUAUUCUUAUUUUCCUUCAAUCGGUUAAAAUUUACAACACUGAAGGCAACAAAAACAGCAGAUGGGAUGAAUGAAAAUGUAAAUUCACUUUUUUACAGGAGAUGACACUUUUUGGGCAAACCAAAAUACACCGGUUACCAUGGUUACCUCUGUAACCCUGAUAGCACACGUACAUCUCAGAGACGAUUUUUUUUAGUGUUUGCUCAUCUGCAAUAUGUCUGUAAGACAUUUCCUUCCAGAUGUUAAAUAGACAUUAAAGACAGAAUGUCUUUAAGAUGUUUAUGAUUUAGAAUGUAUGGAAAAUUGACAUCUUAAAAUGUUAAUCAGAUGUUUGUAGACAGCAGAUGCUUUCCAGUUGAAGUUCUCUUUAACAGACAUUCUUGAUAUGUGUGCUAUCUGGGAAGCAAAGAAGCGUCUCAGUGGUUAGUACUAAUGCCUGUCAAAUUUCACUUUUUACAUACCUAUUUAAAUACAACAUCAUUACCAGCAAUAGAACAGCAAGUGCUUGAUGUUUUUCAUUAUGUAAAGCUUUAUUAAAGCUGCUAAAGUGAUCUAGGACAGGUGCAGUAAGACAUUACCUGUUUCUUGUCUUUUGCACUAUAAGACAUAUUAAUGCUAACCUUGUUUGACAAAGCAGUUAUUUUGUCCCAUCUGUUCACAUCCUUACUGAUAGAACUGACUGAUUGUUCCACAAAAACCUCACCAAGACAGGCACAUACCGUCAGUAUACUAGUAUAUAAAAGUCCCUUCUUAAAUCAAGAUUCAUUUACACGAGAAGCAAAAUAAUAAUAAUAAUAAAUAAAUAAAGUGAAUUUGUAUUUAAUACAAGAAGACAAUACAUCUGUCAGUGGAGUCAGAAAAAUAAACUUCAUGGAGAUCUCCAGUCUGCAGUUAUACCUACUUGGAGAUCUUCCCUUGUUCUAAGCAUAAACUUUACAUUUUCAGCAAACACUUAAAAAUCUUAAGUAAACUUAAUAUCUUAAGCAAGUUUGCUUCUCAAAGUAAGAAAAUGAUUAUUUUUUUUUUUUGUAGUGUAUAAAGAGGAUUUUACUCCUCAUACACAGUCUCGUACUGGAGGACACAAGUGCUAUUAACAUUUUACUCUACUCAUACUUUAAAUGUUUUUACUGGUAUGUUGUUGCUUAUUUUGGAAAAGACUGUUAUCAUUAUAUUGGCUAAUGUUUAUGAUUUAACUACUAACACUAACUCUUAGUCAUCCACCGUUAUCAGAAAACUAUGAAUAGCAUGGCUUUUUAUAUCUCCAUCAGUUACAUCAGAACCAAAGCAGCCUUCAUGAGUUCAGAAAUUAAUUCAUUUAAACUGGACGCAUACAGUACAUGACACAGGCUGUGUUAAAUGUUGUUACUGUGACAUUAAAAUUCACACAAUUCACACAAAUGUGUGUAUACUUGAUAAAACAAUACUAUGAAAUUUUAGUAAGUCUUCAUACACUUGAUAUAUUUUUAUUUUCAUUGUUGAAAUAUACAAAAAUGAGUCAGUCUUCUUACCUGAAGUUGUGAACAAACAUCUGUGACAUUUUAUAAGGUGUUGAUUAGUUCUUUGAUUUUAUUAAGAGGUGCUGAUAAUUUAUUUUAUUUUAUUUAGAGGUGUUGAUUAUUUAUUUGGUUUUAUUAAGAGGUACUGAUUUUUUAUUUGAUUUCAUUAAGAGAUGCUAGUUCUUUGAUUUUAUCAAGGUGCUGAUUAUUUAUUUUAUUUUAUUUUGAGGUGCUAAUUAGUUAUUUGAUUCUUCUCUUGCUCCCUUGUUCCUAUUUAUGGAUUUGCCUUUCAUGAUAUAUAAAUGGGCUCAAUAGAGAUGAAUCGUGAAUUUAAUUUAUGUCCGGUAAAUAUUUUCAGGAAAGUAAUUUACAUGUCAAAGCUAAAAUGCUAAACUCUUCACUAAAGCCUGUAGUUUACUGUAUUGCUGUAUUUAUAAAGAAGUGAACACAAAUGUUUUUUUGUUUUUUUUUCUUAACACUAAAGGCAUUUUAGUACACUGUUUUUAAAUACUGUGCAUUGCACUCUGGGCAGAAUAUCUUUUAGAUAUUUUCCUUUCUGUGUUCCUACCUUUAUUCCAACAAACACAAAAAGUAAAAUCAUUAAUACAGUUUCCUUUUCAUGAAACAAGGAAAUGAACUUGAACAAUCUUUGUAUGUUUAUAUGAUAAAUAUUAAAACAUAUG